GCCUCGCGGAUGUCCUGCACGCCAGAUCCGCCCAGGACUUUCUCUGAUGCACCUGUCGUUGCAGCUUUGAGUGCAUGCCGAGAUACAUGGUCCUACUGUCGAACGCGCUUCCAGGCCGAUCUGUUACCUCCGCUGGCUGCGAUCGCAUCCCGCUGUCGAGCGCGCAGUGUCGUCGCACAUUCCAGCGAACAAAGCCAAGUCCCAGAGACCAAAGAGGGGAACACGAUAAACUCCACCGGACUACACCAUUCGCCGCUAACGAGUAUUGAGGCUCUGGAGUCACUGGGUCCUCUAGCGCUUCCAUAAGUGAGGCCUGCUCGCCGGUCCCCUUCUAUCACUUCAUUCACCGUGUCUGAGAUGGCCCAUCGAGAGCAUUCUGUGCCCGCAGAAUAAGUCCGCCCACUGCCGGUUCCAUCUACGAAGCUUUGCGCCGCCCGGACACUGGGGCCCUGCUCACGCCAAUCUGCAAGGCUGACAGUACGUUCAGAAGUCUGGCACAGUACAUCGUACGAAUUUCUAGUUUUGGAUACGCGCUCUACAUUCCCACCGUAAGAGAUCUUGGACACGUUCGAACACCCCGGGAUCGGCCUAGAGUCUAGGCCGCGGAUUGGUCCGUGAUCUCCAUCAAUCCAUCGGAGUGAGCAACAGAAAUGCGAAAGUUUGGUCGAUAUAGUGCUGGCUUCACAGAACUUCGAACCUGAUGCAGACCCCAUUCCAGGCUCAACACUAUGGUGGUGAGGUAACGAUGGCCGACACAUCUGCUGCUGAGGCCGCGUUGAAGGCUAAGUUGUCCAGGAAACGCACAAAGACCGGGUGCCUGACAUGUCGCAAGCGACGUAUCAAGUGCGGCGAGGAACGGCCUGUGUGCAACAACUGUGUCAAAAGCAAGCGUCAUUGCGAGGGCUACAGCCAGCGCGUAGUCUUCAAGCAACCAACCUUUGAUUACCAGCCUGGGGCAAAUGGCUCAGCUCACAUCACCUUUCAGGCGGGACCUGAUCCAGGGACACUAGGACUGCAUCCAUCAGGUCAGGCUCUGCUCGAUCAAGCAUAUCCUACGCAUCUUCGACCCCGGCCAUCGCAGGACCAGUUCAUUACAGUAUGGGACCAGCGGACUCAACAAUAUGUGCAUAUUCCCGCACCCGCACCCGAACAAGUGCAACAAAGUCCCACAGAGGCUGGACCUCCACAGCCUGUAGACGGACUCGGUCCUAUCAGUCCUGGCCAUGUCAUCAGGGAUCCUUUUUCAUUGCAUCAACUAUCCCAAUCCCCGACCGAUCAGUCACCUUCGCAUAUGGCUGCCCAUGCCCCUUCCAUGUUCCACGACUCGGGAACUCAAUUUUCCUCAAACCCCUACAGUGCAUCCGAGCAAUACAAUGACCAGCCUACGACGAACGCGCAGAUCGAAGGAUCAAUUUAUUCGGCUGGCGAGCGAUUGUUCCAGAGUCCUGGCGCGGGCCUGCGGAACAGUCUGUCAAGUGAAGCUACGAUGCCAGUCCACAGCUGGACGGACGCUUCAUCGCAGUCCCGCAGCGAUGCAUCCACGAUAGUACAGACUCCAGUCUCAGCCGACCCUUCACAAGCAUUCUCGUUCUCUCGCCCAAUGCCUGAAACGGGAGCGCAUGUUCAAUGGCAGACGGAGUGGAGUUCAGGCCAACCCACGAGUCAGAACGGAACCCCACAAUUGGGACAAGGGAAUCAUUAUUAUCCUCCACCCCUUUCAUUGGAACACGUGCGAGCGAUGCAUCGUAAUGGCCAUUAUGCCGUGAAGCAGGAAACACCAAGCUCUGCAACCGCGUUGCAAGAUGGACGGCCGUCGACCCCAGAACUUUAUGAGCAUGAACUCCAUGCGCCUGCCACCAUGACUCCUACGUAUCUCUUGAGCGCAGCGGCUGUAGAGAAACAAGAUGAUGAGUAUUAUGAUGUAGAUGAAGAUGAUGCAGACCAGGAGCAAGAUGUGGACACGUCGUUGUCGCAAGCUCAAAGUCAUAAGCGACAACGCAUGCUCGGCAGAGUCUUGCAAGGCAACCAGAUCAGCAUCCAGGGCCUCCAGAUGCGUCGCUACGAUACGUUCAUCUACGACGGGAUCUUGGAUACGUAUCGCGUCGAAUAUGUCGCGAGCCCCCUGAAGAAUCCCGCAACAGCAAGAGUGUUUGCUCACUUCAUUUCGGCGACAGGCCCAAGCUUAUCGGUCUACGAACGAACACCAAAUACCUCUUCGGUGCUCUUUAAUGGAGGCACGGUGCCCAUAUCACAGCAAGGCUUGUGGACGUACACCUUGCCGAUGGCUGCGCUGCAUCAUCAAGGACUUCUUCAUGCAAUGCUGGCUUUGGCGAGUCUACAUAUUGCAAGAUUACAAGGAGCAUCGACAACGCCAUCCAUGCAGCACUAUGCGUGGGCAUUGAGGCGCAUUCACGCGGCAGUCAGCAAUCCGAAGAGUAGGCUGAAAGCCACAACCAUUGCAGCCUCCAUGCUUUUGGGUUUCUACGAAAUCAUGACUGCAGAUCACAUGAAAUGGAACAUGCAUCUCAUGGGUGCAAAGCAGCUCUUUGUGGAGACAGAUUUUGUACAGAUGACCGCUGCUUUCAGGAGGAUGAAAAUGGAACGUGCUGUGAACAUGUCGGGUCUGUCGGGCAGGAAAAGACGGUACAGCAUAGAACAGCCAUUCUCUCAGGGCGAUCUGCUGGAUCAGAUGCACGACAUUGAUGAGCGCGUGGUGAGCCAGAUCGUGGGUAAGGAAGUCAAAUAUGACAUCUUUGGCCACGUUGAACCCUCGAAUGCGAGUAUACCGCCGACUCUGGAUCUCAGCAAGUAUGAUAUCCUUCGGGAUUUGUACUGGUGGUAUUGCAAACAGGAUGUCAUACAGAGCAUCGUGAGCGGCAAUGCUUUACUCAUGGACUUCAGCCGGUGGCCGAAUUGCCCUCCUCGAGGCCCAUUGGGACGGGGUGACGCGGUUUACGGAUCAUCCGAUCACCUCGUUCUACUGCUUGGUCGGAUCGCAGACUUCGCUUCGCGGGAUCGUAAGCGCAAAUUGAAGCAGAUGGAGGCCAACGGUGGUCAUUGGAGACCUGCGCCUGGUAUGAAUAUUCCUCGCCCACCUCAAGCUUCGCAGCAAGCACCGCCAACUCCAGUAUCUGCUGGCCCUGGUAUGCCUAUGCCUAUGCCUGGUGCAGUUGGCGGACCCUCAGUGCUUCCGCAGCCGGGUGGUUCACCGUCUAUGCCAGAUUUCUAUGGCAUGGCUCCACCACCCAGGGCGAAUGUACACAUGCCGAGCUCGUAUACAUCGACCAAUACGCAGCCGACGCCCACGCCGACGAGCGCAUACCCUCCCGACUCAUUCGAACACAAUCUACCACAAGCCACCCAAGACGCUCUGGACGAGUAUGCGCAAAUACGACAAGCACUGAUUCUGUUUGAGCAGAGUCUCCGUCGCUCACCAGCAUUUCAGCCCCUCGAGUCCGGUUCCUAUCAUUCCGUGGACACGGCCUUUGGCCCGACAUACUUCUUCCGCACUUAUGAUAUUGGUUGCUUGUGGGCAUUCUACCACAUGGCCAUGAUCAUUGCGAUACGUGCACACCCGCACAUGCCGCCUGCAGCUCAUAUGGCAGCCGGCGUUGCAGCACACGAGACGAAGCAUCAUGCCAUGGAAAUUGGUCGCAUCGUUGCCGGGAUUGUACCAGGACCCGACGACCAACCACUGAAUCCAAGUCUCGGAGCAGCACUCUGCGACAGCUGUAUGCCUUCUUUCUUCGCUGCAGUACAGUAUCAGGAUCCACGACAGCGUUACGAAACAGUGACUCGAAUCUUCAGCAUUGCGCGGCGAACAGGUUGGGGCAGCGCGGAGCUUAUUGCCAACGGCUGCGAGACAGCUUGGGUGAAAGCUGCGGCUGUUGGGAGAGGACCGCCAUAUACCAGAAUCGUUCGAGCGCAUCAUACGAAUAGCGAGGAUCCGCGCUUGACGGGAAGUUGGGAGAGAUUAGAUCCUCAGUCGGCACCAGUAGACGGUGAUGAUGCGGAUCGAAGACUCGUGAAGACUAAGAAGGAGGCUCGAUUGAAUUGGGCGAUUGGAGUGAUGGGUGUGGAAGAAGACGUGGAGAAGAUGAAACUCGUGGACUGAUUAUGAUGAUGAAGAUUUUGCAUACUACGACAGAUAGAUGACAGCGAAGGUUCAGGUUGUGAAAGGAAGUGUACAGUCAGAACAUAGUGUGUAUGAGCAAUGUGGGACCAGUGGAAAUUCGCGGGUCGUGUGAAAACUUUGCAUUUGACAAGAAGGCGAAGAAGUAGACAAGGUCUUGAAUAUGCUACGACAGACACUUCCGGCUUUCAAAGUACCGGCGAGCGAAAGAAGGACGUGAUGUUAGCGAUCGUGUGAGGGCAGCGGAAGAAGGC